UCGGAGUGACCCCCACUGAAUGCUCACUUGACUGGUUUCUGAAUAGCGACAUUUUGAUCUAGACUGCACGAACAUAUAUAUAAUUAUCAACAAUACUCAAUCCUCGAUCAUCUUUCUUCACCAAAUACACCAUUUCCACAAACACUUCAAUUCCACUACAACGAGUCCUACCGAAAGAUCAACAUCGAAAACCGUCAAAAAGACCAAGCAAAACUCGAAAAGUCGCCAACCACCAAAAUAAGCAUUCAAAAUGACCAUCCUAACGCCAUCACCAAAUCCCACCAAAAUCCUCAACCGCUCCUCAACCCACAACAUCCUCACUAUUCUCUCUCCCGCCUUCUCAAAUUCCAUCUACCUCGCCACAAUCCUCCAAAAGCUCCUCAGCACAACGACCAUCUUCCUGGUUUUCCGCGCAUACCUGCUCUCCUUGAUCCUCUUACAACAAUCAUACUACAUCUCCUCCAUCCUGCUCCUACAAUCUUACUACCUAUCCCAAUUCACAUAUUGGGUUUCCGGGAUCGCGGCGAAAGGAGGCUAUUGGGGUGUUAAGACAGGAGCCGGCAUCAGCUGGAAGGCGUUGGAGCCAGUGAGGAAUAAGUUGUUCAAGGAGUUCAUGAUCUUUGUGCUCGGGGCUGGCAAUGGAGUUUUCCUUGCCGUUUUCUGGCCGGGGUGGUUAGUGGUUGGACCUACGGUUUUCGGAGUUUGGUGUUUAUGCGUGUGAAAGGCGCGGCGUGGUGUCACUGAGCAAGAAACAGAAUAAAGCGUCUUAUUCUA